UUUACAUCGAAAGGAGGUGGAGGAUCAGUGUUCCAGAAGAUCUGUUUCUAAUGUUUAUUACAUUGCUAUUUUAAUUGCGUCCAUGCCCACUAGGUGCUUUAUUAUAAAAUAACUAAACAAAUUUGAACAUAUAAGACGCUCUCUUCUAAACGAUAAAAAGCAAACGUUAGCUAGUAAGGGAAAGGGAAGCUGUGCUGUUGUCCACUGUUAACAGGGCUCCAGUGACUCCAAGCGCAAUGUUGUUGACCGUGUUUUGCGCACCAAGGGACCGAUCAGAGACAACUUUUUCCCUGGACGUCUCCCCGGAUCUUGAACUCAGGGAUUUUUUGGCUCUAUGCGAACUAGAAUCAGGAAUACCCGCGGGGGAGAUUCAGAUCUCAUAUGCAGAGCAACCGUUAAGAGACCUCACCCGAGCCUUGGGGAAUUAUGGGCUAAAGGAUGGAGAUGUGGUGGUGUUAAGACAAGCAGAAAAGCGGCAAGCUGCACAGCCCCCCGCAUUCCCAGGACUACCCCGCAUUGAUUUUAGCUCCAUCACAGUCCCCGGUACCUCGUCAAAUCAACACUCCAGCAGACACGCUCAGCAUCCCAGUGUUGCCCAAUCCCCCCCUGUUACUUCCCCUGCCUCCUCUCCUCAGGGAUUGGACAACCCCUCACUGUUACGUGAUAUGUUGCUUGCCAAUCCACAUGAACUUUCCCUGCUGAAGGAGCGCAAUCCACCCUUGGCUGAGGCCCUGUUGAGUGGUGACCUUGAGCGCUUUACAAAAGUGCUUUUGGAGCAGCAGCAGGACAGAGCCCGAAGGGAGCAGGAGCGAAUCAGACUUCUCACAGCUGAUCCUUUUGAUCUGGAGGCUCAGGCCAAGAUUGAGGAGGACAUCAGGCAGCAUAAUAUUGAAGAAAACAUGACUAUAGCUAUGGAAGAGGCCCCUGAGAGUUUUGGCCAGGUGGUCAUGCUCUACAUCAACUGCAAAGUCAAUGGACACCCUGUGAAGGCAUUUGUUGAUUCAGGGGCCCAGAUGACUAUUAUGAGUCAAGCCUGUGCAGAGCGAUGUAACAUCAUGCGUCUUGUAGACCGGCGCUGGGCAGGGAUUGCUAAAGGCGUGGGCACACAGAAGAUCAUUGGCAGAGUGCAUUUGGCUCAGGUGCAGAUUGAAGGGGACUUCCUGCCUUGCUCCUUCUCUAUUCUGGAAGAUCAGCCUAUGGACAUGCUACUAGGCCUUGACAUGCUGAAAAGACACCAGUGCUCCAUUGACCUUAAGAAAAGCGUGCUCCUGAUUGGGACGACAGGAACAGAGACACGCUUUUUGCCUGAGGCAGAGUUACCUGACUGUGCCAGGUUGGCAUAUGGGCCAGAGGCACGAGAGGACAACCGCCCUGAGGAGAUUGCAGACCACGAGCUAGCAGAGGCAUUACACAGAUCCAUACAGGACAGCGACACUGCAGAUGGAAAAACUACCUCACCACAGUCCCCACCACUCUCCCUUUGCAAACCUUUUAACACAGCCAGUUCCUCAUCUGCCACUAGUCAUAAUCAGAGUUUCACAACGGACCGCACCAAGUCUGACCCAGCCUCAAUAUGUGGCCUGCCACCAGAGGCACCAUUCAGUCCACCUCAAACCCAGGGAGAAACCAAAUCACAGCCAUCUGACACCCAGGGCGCAACUGAAGAUCAUCCGACCCAUGUCGAGGAAGUACCUGCAUCAUCCCCACUUCAACCAGAGUCCUCUGGGUGUCCUACCCUUGGACUGGCUGACGCCUUCACACCUCAGUCCCACACUGAAACUGAUUCCAUGUCACCUGCCAACCAAGCAACAGAAGCUCUUAUUCCAUCCAUUCUCUCUGCUCAGGAACCACUCUGUAGUACUGUGUCAAAGGACAAUGAAGUGACUAACCUUGUAACUUGUGAGGAGUCUGUGAAUCAUUUAGAUGCAAAUGUAUGGGAAGAUGUUGCCUUAGAAGAGAGAAAAGAAACUGAGUCUCCCUUUACCAAUCUAAACACAAGGCCCCAUAAUGGAGCUUUGUUAGAAGAAGUGGACAUGACAGAAUCUACUGAUGCAAAAGGUAUAGGUUCUGACUUUCCUGAUCAGCUCCUACAAAAAGAGCAAGACAGCAUUAUGAAUAAUGCUACUAACAAUCAAAUGGAUCAGCUUUCCCCUGUUUCAGAGCUGACCUUUUACCACAACCUUGCGGGGUCAGCCACUUCUCUUCAGCAGACUCUCAUCCACUCAGAUUUUGAGGAGAAUAUGGACGCUAAGCCUGCCUCAAAAAAAGCAGCACCUUCAGAGAGGGAUGAGCCAGAUGGGGAAAACAUUCCCUCCUUGGCUCAGGCCCUUAAAGAGCUUCAUGAGCUUCUGAUGUCCAACGCUCAUGCUCAGGCUUGUGGAAGGAGCCUUCCAUCUGCCUCUAACACAACUACAGUAGAACAGGAUCCUGAGGGAGUGGAUCCAGAACCCAUCACAGAGGAUUUUGCCAGACUCAACCCAACUAUUGAUUCAUCAUCAUCUCACACUGCCACUACCAAUGAAGCAAAUUUUGCCAAAUCUGAACAUGCUGCUCUAGCAGAGGAUAGUACUAUAGAGGUACACACAAUAAGCCCUCUAGGGCAGGAAGAGAAUCAGACUAACGGAGUGGCGAAUAUCAAUGUUGAACAAAACAUGACACGGUCUCCACAUAUCCCUGAAGGUAAUCAGGUGGGUGGGAAUGAGGGAGGAAAUGUGUCUGAGCCAGGGGAAGCAUCUCCAUUACAGGGUUUAUUUGAGUUCAGCAGGAACGAGGAUAUGCAGAUGGGAUAUGCAGAUGGGAGGACCUCAGGCGCUGACCCCCCCAGUCUGGCUGAAGGGUCUCAGCAGCGCCCCCUGUCUGUAGCAGUUGACUCCUCAGUGGACAGUUCCAGUCUUGUGCCUGUUGCUUCUUCUCACCCGUCAACACAAGCCACCAGGUCGGCUCCUCUCCUCUUUGCAGACUCUAUCCAGCUUUCCGCACCAACCUCAAUGGGACAGUAUCCUGCAGAGCACAUCCAGAGGAUACAAGCGGCCGGGUUCUCGUCUCAUGAGGCAACUGAGGCACUUCAUCAGGCUGAAGGCAGUGUGGAACUUGCCCUACUGGUGCUGCUGGCCAGAAAGAUCACUGUGCCCACUUAGAUCUAUUACAAACAAGUCAUGGCAUCAUGAAUUGGUUACUGAGCCUUUCGUUUUAAUGCAAUUUCCCUUUUUUCUUAGUAAUGUGCUGAAUUUAUGUUUUAUCUGUUCAUUUUCUUUACACCCAAACUGUCAGAUUUUUGAAGGGAGCGAGUAGACUUUAUUCCCUUGUCUUGCGAUAAGAACAGUGAUGUCCUUACUUUUUUCAUUUUCCUUUACGUCUUGCAUGCUCUUGGUGAGGUUCCUAAGGGUUGUUGGUUUUAAUUGGUUGGUUUAAUGGGGCUUAGAUUACUUUUUUGAUGGGCAUUUAUCACUUGCCCUUUUGACAUAAAUUUACUGCUAUUUUUACCUAGCACUUGAAGAUUGCUUUACCCACACAGGUGAGUGCAACUGCAUGUUGCCGACUUGUAUUUUUAAGAUGAACCGAUACUUUUUAAAUUGUGCAGAGCACUAAUUAUAAUGAUCUUGAAAUUCGGUUGUGGAUGAUUGAUAUUUUUUGUUCAGAAUCUUUUAUUUCUCUUCCUGCACUGUUACUCCUUUACUAAUGGAUAAACUGGGCCCACCUUUCAUUCUCUGUCGAUCAUGAACAUAGCUCAUCCACAUAUUUGGUGGUUCUUGAGUAUGUAUAAGCAAAACCAUUUAGAUUAUAUCAUGGUAUUUGUUAAAAGGCAAAUUGUUUUGGGUUUUUUUUUGUUUCAGGAUUUUUACCUUUCAUAACUACUCAUUUAUGCCUGAUGUAUCUAAGUUGGAUACUUCUGUGUUAUAUCAUGAAACGGUUAUGCGUGCCAGUUUCCCAGAGUUAGGUUAAGCCUAAGCAUAAUCUCAAUGGGGACUUACUUUCAAUGGUAGUUAUGCAGGUUAGACAAAACCUAGGUUUAAUUAAUAUCCGGGAAAUCACCCUGAAUACCUAGUAGUACAUCUGCUACCAUAAACUUCCCCUAUGUUGUAUUUGCAAUAAUAAAUACGAUACCUUUUGAUGCUGUUUAUCUUUGUUAUAUAUGUUGUGGUCAUUUUAUUUUUGCCAAUUGUGCAUAACUUGAGCAUUGUAUUUUUUCAUGUUUAAAUUGGUUGCCUUUAUAAAUUAUUUAACAGUAGAUUUGUUAAAUAUGACUUAAACCAUUUACCCUGUAUGUUUCCAUGUGACUGUUGAAGAAAAAAAGCAUUUGUAACAGUGUUUUCUUCUAUCAAAAUGGACUUUUCUGUAAUGAUGCAAAAUUUUGAGAGGAAGAGGAAUAGGAUCAGUAAGUCAUGAAGCUGUUGGACUGCUUUAUUUUUCAGGGAUUUUGUGGUAAUCCUCAAUUAGUUUUUCAUAAAAUAUCAAACUGGUUCAUACCACAGUUUUGAGAGAAACAAAUAUGUUGAAGUACUAUUAAAGGGUGAAUAAGUGUUAGAAAUGUUGUAUUAUUUUUUGGUUUUAUCUGCCUUCAGCACAUCUUUCAUUAAAAGGGUUUUGAUUAUUUGUCAUGAUGCUCUUAAUCCACCAUCUUUUCCCAGAUUUGAAUAUUGGAAAUGUUGAUUGAAGUUCUGGCAAGCCCCGUCUAGCUGUCUUGUCAUGUCUACCCUUUGUAUUUUUUUACAUUGUAGUCUGGGUCAUGUAUCAGCUAUGUUUAAACUUUUAAAAUUAUUUAGUUUAAUCUUGAAUACAGUUAAAAAACCAAAUAAAGGAAAAAUGGUUCUUUCUAA